AUGGCGCCUGGUACGCCGCCUCGGGCUGCUGCGCCCGAUGGAAAGGCUCACGUAAAGAGGUUCAUCGAUCGCGUUGUGGACGACUCCCCCGAAGCGAAUGUCGCCGCGGCCGACAUCGUCAACCGUAACCUUCAACAGCUCCCUGCGCCCGAGCGCCGUGAGGUCCUCGAUGGCCUCGUCAAAGAGGCUCCCAAGCUCCGAGUAAUUCAGCACCAAGUCCGAGAGCACGGGGCAAAAUUCCGCCGCGCGGCCCGAAGAGACGAGCAACUGACCUACCUCGACGAGGCUUGGGGCGGACGCCAAAAUUGGGCGCAUCCGACAUUCAUGCCCCGAAUAACAGAGAGCGUCUCAAUCAGCACUACGGCGCCCCUUACAACAAUAACCAAGCUUGCGCUCAAGCAUCAUGUUGCCUUGCCCGACCUAUGGAAGCCCGGCGGCGAGCUGCACGAUGCGGCGUUUACAUACGGCGAGCACAUUCUCACCAAGGAUAAGGCUGGUGCGGCCCUUCGCGCAUUCAAAUUGCGAAUCGGAUUGAACCCAGGAACGGGCGGUCAGCUUGACGCCCGUGACGAGACCGAUUAUCCCCAGUCAGAAUCAGAGUCAGAAUCAGAAUCAGAAUCAGAACCAAAGUCGAGGGACUCGGAGCAGGACCGUACUGCGAAACGCCCGAAGCACGCCGUCGAACGUUCUCCUUCUGUGGAGGUCGGUCGCCGUGAGCGGCCACCUCUCGACCAUUCAGAUGGAUUGUUUUCCCCUAGGCAAGAGAUCCAUUUUGAUGACGAUGGCUACGAGGCCCUUGAUGUUUCCUCCCCUCACCCACGCCCCUCGCCCUCACCACUCCGCCGCCGUCAGUCGUUUCCUUCAUCGAUUCUUGAUCAUGAUGAUGGCCCUGCGGAUGAAGAAGACACCAGCCAAACGACUUCACAACGAGCCCAACAGCAACUCCAAGAUCCCGCCGCACAGCUGACAGACGACGUGCUCAAUCUAUUGCUACAGCACAUCACACGCACCAGCAGAAGCCCUAGUGCAAAAGUCCUCGACCCGCUGUACAUUCAGGUCGAUAAGUCGCACCGACCGGCAGCCGGCUUUGCCAGAGUCUGCGAGUCCAACGAGGUCAUCUACAUCCCCCUUCACCACAAGUACCAAGGUGAACAUUGGAGUCUUGCCGUAUUGCGCCCGAAGCAAGCUUGCAUCGAGCAUUAUGACAGCCUUCACAGCGGACAACGUGAGACUCGGAUCCAGGGCUGCUUCGAGAGCAUACUUGAUCGUUCUGUCCGCCUUUCGCGUAUGGCUUGUCCUCAACAACAGGACUCGAUCAACUGUGGAGUCUUCGUUGUCUGCUUUCUCGGCUUUCUACUCAACAAGCUCCGCUUUCCCACUUCGCUAGACCCGUCGCCCACAAGACAAAAGCUCCUGAACAUAGUCCUCAAUCCAGACGAUGAACCAAGUACUGGUACUCAGAACGUGACUUUCAGAAAGGAACAACGUGAGCCCGCUGCUUCGAUCCAAGAUCCAGAAACAGCUUCUAUACCAAGCAGUCAUCUUGCCGCUACGAAAUCUCCUCCACAGAAAACAGUCCGAUCAAUUCCCCAAUUCCGAGAACGUAUCGCCCAGCUUGAGAUUGAGAUCGACACCCUGUCGGCACGCCUCAGCCCUCUCAUCCAGAGAAACGCUGUGUUCAACACGGUCCCGAGAGCCCUCGCACAGAUGGAAGAGGCACUGAAUACGGCACAACCGUUCGGCACCCCGGGGUCUUUCUGGCAGUCUGAAGAAGAGGCUAGCCGUGCAAACAACAUGCUCGCUGCCUACCGUGCUGUGGAGAAGCUGGCUGGCAGUGAUCCACAGAGUGGUGCUGAUGAGAUCGCAGCUCUCCAAGCGCAGCUUGAUAAUGCGAGAGCGGAGUUGCGUGAGGCUCGGCGUGUGUUCAAGGAAUUGGCAAAUGCUAGUUUGGCUGCUUCUUUGUCUUUGGUACAGGAGUCGAGGAGGGGUGAAUAG